GUUUAAAGUAUGCAGCUAGUGUUGGGUAUAUUAGCAAUUGUAGUAUUGGAAAUAUUCUCGACAGGCAAUGGAGCCAACAUUUCUAACCAGAAUAGAGGUUAUAUUAUUGAUUUACCGUCACGGUUGAUAAGAGGUAAUAAACACUGGUCAGAAUACUACAACAGACGAGAACCUAAUAAACCUACCACUCCCGUGCUCCCUGCAGUCAAACACAGACCAAAUUAUCUGAGCUAUAAAGAUACGCCAAGCAUUUUUCAAACGGAAAGAUUAGAUUCUAAUUUUGAAGAAAACCAACAUGGAAACCGCUAUCCAUCACAAAGCUUUGAACCAUCUCUACAUCAGAAUGAAGCACACACACAAUCAGGAUUAGCUCCACCACGCACACGAGUAGUCCCACCUCCACCACACACACGGCCAAUUUCACCCCCACCACACCAAGGAGUAGUUCCACCACCAAACGACCAAGGAGUAGCUCCACUACAAAGUCCGUCACACUCAGGAGUAUCCCCACCAAAACAUUCACAGUCAAUAAUAGCUCCACCACCUGUAAAACACCAAGGAGUAGCUUCACAACCUCCACCACACACAGGAGUAGUUCAACCUCCACCACACCAAGGGGUAGCUCCACCACCACCACCACACCAAGGAGUAGCUCCACCACCUCCACCACAUCAUGGAGUAGCUCCACCACCAAAUAUGGGAUUAGCCCCCUUACCUACACCAACACAUACGGGAGUGGCUCCUCUACCACCGCCACCACCAUUCCUUGGAGUAAUUCCAGAGAGAUUUCCACACUACAAUCCAAGACCUAAACCAAUUUCCUCAGUGGUUUCCAUGCCAUCAAUAAUGAAGGGUAUAUCUUCUGAACAGCGAAAACCAUCUUAUUCUGUCCAUAUUUCCGGCAAUGUAUCCGAUAAACACAAUAAUUUUUCCCCAUACGUGGAUAAAAAUCAAUACUUGACAGAAGGUAAAAUAGAAAAUAGCAUUUACCAACAUAUGCCAACAACAUUUUGGAAAACCGUCGGAUACUUCCACAAAGAUAGAAAAAAAAGAACCAUCUUUGACGAUGAAGACCGUUUUCAUGACUGGGAGUUUGAUGAAGAUAAUAUUCGUGAUUGGGAAUUCGGAGAAGAGUAUGAAGACCCAGAACAUGGCGAUAAGGAAGGGGGUCAUAUAAUUCAUGAUUUAACUGAUGACCAUAAGAGAAGGAAAAGGUGGUCGGAAAAUAAUGGAGACUGUCAGGAUUGUGAGAUGAGUGACGAAAGUGGGGAAGAACAAGAGUACAACGCAGAUCCCUGGAAUUAUGAUGAUAAUGACAGUGAUGAAAGCAGUCAAACUGAAACAUGGGAUAGUGGUAAAAAUAAUAACGAUUACACAUGGAAGAAUGAGGAUAAUAAUGACGACUACACUUUAGACAAUGACGAUAAUGAUGACGAUUACACUUGGAACGAUGAUGACAAUGACGAAAGUAGUCAAACAGAUACAUGGAGCAAUAAUGAACAAUACUCAUGGAAUAAUGGCGAUGCAACGAAUAGUGACAACGAAAGUGAUGUUGAUGAAACCGAUAACACUUAUAACACAGACGACAAUGAUUAUAAGCUUACCGACGAGGGUUCAUACAAACCAGCUGACCCGAAACCCCGUCCACAACAACCCCCUCCUGAACACAACCGCCAAACUGCAUAUCCUAGAAAACCGAAACCUCCACCAAGAAGGAAACCUGGGCAUGGUCCUUUAUCCAGAUACCCACAGACUCACCAACCUUUUCCACGUCCCCAACCCCACCGUCCAAAACUUCACCGACCACAGAACAGGCCGGGACCAGUUCACGAUCCUCGUCCUUCGAAAUCUCAUCCACCAGAAAGCGGACCGGGACCUUCUCGAGGCUCACCUCCAUCCGCUUCAAGUCACAACUAUCCUAUCUACCAAUUACCAAUACCACCUGCACCUCCAAGACACCCCCAAUCUCCACCCUACCCAUCUGAACAUCUUCAAUAUGAUUUUGAUUAUGAGGAAUGUGAAGACUGAAACUCUUAUUGUAGCUUGUUAUAUAUAGCAAUACAAUACUUGGUGGACUAAUAAAAUAUUGGAAUAAU